AUGACGUUAAUCAGUGUCGUCUCAUUCUUCGGACUCCUAUCAAUCACCACCGCUCUCACGUGUCAUUUUGGUGUCAAUGCUCCAAGGCCAAGGUUUAUGAUUGACUGCAAAUGUGGGCAACACUGUGUUCAUUUCUUCUCCAGUGGGAAUUUUUGGUCAUGUGGAUGUACGAUUGAGAGUGAUGGACAAGAGCACGAUGUCUGUGCGAGUGCAUCACCCCGUUUCGCUUGCUGUGCUGGUGAUGGAUGUAAUGGACAGCUCGGACGCGAACUCGAAGCGGCGCCUCCACCCGCCCCUCGUUUCGAAGUUCAGCGACCCGAGUUCGCACUCAACUGUGAAUGUGGACAGCACUGUACGCAUUUCCUCUCCUCAGGCAAGAAUAUUUGGACCUGUGGAUGCUCGAUUCUGAGUGGUGGAGUGCGUGAUUUUUGCACGCUGGCGGAGGAUCAAUCAUGUGUUUUGGGGCGA